AUGUCACGCCCCCUUUUUGCAUAUGCGAAUACAUUGGGGGCCCGGGAAGAGUUCUUGGAGAAGGGUUGGGGCCCGGUGGCCGCCCCGCCACACGCGCUCCGAAAUGCUCGGCACCGCCCUUUGUUUGGGAAAAACGGGGAUGCGUUCGCAAAUUUCGCACGCGGAGAAUCCGGGGCGAUUUUGUUUGUUGAACCGCAAGGCGCGGGCGCCUUCUGCAAUUUCAAGAACCCAACCACCCAGUUGCUUUUCCGUUUUCCCGCCGGGACGGGUUCCCGGGAUGCCGGGAGUUCGUUGCAUGCAUUGAAUGGGAAACCCCAACCGCCAAAUUCCACCACCACCACCACCCCCCCCCCCACCCCCCCCUCUUCCUCUUUCCUCCUAGUCGCCGCUGGAAAAUUCCAAUUCUACAAAUUUGCCGACGCAGCUCAGCGGAAGAUCCACAUUACGGACGAUCUGGACGACGUCGUCGACGACGAAGAGGACGACGAGUGGAGAGAAUGGGGCACGGUGAAGGCCCGACCCGACUUCGACCCGCCCCCCACCGACUUCACCAAGAUGCAGGAGCAAAAUAUCAAGGGCCCUGUUUUCGGAUUCGUUAAACUCCGACCCGGAAAUCGUCGGACUUCGGAGAUGGUAUCAGAAAUAGCCAUGAAAUGGACCAAGGUGGCAAGAACCGGAGCAACUGAAGCCAGGUUCAGCACCGUUGAUCUCAGCACACUAAUGUUCACCAUGCCCAAAGCUCUAAAUGUUUUCGAGUUAAAGGAAUACCUGUUGAGCCAACCAGAGGCUUAUGAGAUCAAGAUAGGCGAUCAGCUCUUCAGAAGACCUGGGGAUCCUACGUUCGAUGAAGUUUUUCGCAAGCUCCAGAUGGAGAAGGCUGAAAGCUCUGAUUCCACGCCCAACGACGAGCUUUAACAACAGAAUUACUACUCUCUUACUAGAUGACUGAAUAUUCUUGUAUGACUCAUUUCAUCUUCACUUUCUUGUAAAAUGUUUACAUUUUCAAUUGUACAACACUUUCCUCUAUUUCUGUCAAAACUGCAGAUAUCUUAACGUGGUUAAUAAACUGUUUCUAUUCAGUGA